AUGUGGCUCAUCAACACGACAACCCACGAACUGCGCAUGUUCGCCGGCGCCGGCCCCGACGUGCCCCCCUACGCCAUCCUCUCCCACACCUGGGGCUCCGACGAGGUCACCUUCCAGGACAUCCACAACCUCCCCCUGGCAGCCUCCAAGGCCGGCUUCGCCAAGAUCCGGGGAUGCUGCGUCCAGGCCCUGCGGCACGACAUCGCCUGGGCCUGGGUCGACUCCUGCUGCAUCGACAAGACCUCCUCCGCCGAGCUCUCCGAGGCCAUCAACUCCAUGUACUCGUACUACCUCCACGCCCGCGUCUGCUUCGUCUACCUCGACGACGUCCCGCCUCUUAGCCCGGCUUCGGCCAGGUCCUCCCCCAUGGACCAGUUCCCCUCCCUCGCCUCCUCGCGCUGGUUCACCCGCGGCUGGACCCUCCAGGAGCUCAUCGCCCCGCGCCGCUCCAUCUUCUACGCCGCCGACUGGUCCCGUCUCGGCACAAAGGGUAUGCACAGCUCCGAGCGCCCCUUCAUCCGCGCCCUGGCCACCAUCUCCGGCAUCUUCGAGUCCGUCCUCGCCAAGUCCCGUCACCCGCGCGACUACUCCGUCGCCGAGCGCAUGUCCUGGGCCGCCGCCCGCCGCACCACGCGCGACGAGGACCUCGCCUACUGCCUCAUGGGCCUGUUCGGUGUCAGCAUGCCCGUGCUCUACGGCGAGGGCCUUGCGAGCGCCUUCAAGCGGCUGCAGCACCACAUCAUCCGCACCUCGCCCGACGAGUCCAUCUUCGCAUGGCGCGCCGAUCCGGCCCGCCACGUCGUCGACCCCUAUCCCGGCGACCUGCCCCGUGAUAGCGCCGCCCGUUCUUCGGGUCUACUGGCCGACUCGCCCGCCGCCUUUGCCCGUUCGCACGACGUCCACCAACGCGCCCUGCACUCGGCCUCCCCCUUCCGCCUGUUCAGCAUGACGAACAUGGGUCUUUCCAUCGUCGCGGACCUAGCACCACCGCCACCGCUGCCAACAACAGGCGGCGGUAGUCCCCGCGGGAGCCCCGUCGCCGCCGCCGUCUUCCACACGAGGACGCCGGAGCCGAGGCCGCUGGUCGUCAUGCCCAUCGGUGCGAGCGACCGUCCGACCGACGCCUCUCCGCGCGCCCGCGUCGGGAUAUACCUGGAGCCCGUGCUUCAGACCCCGUCCGUGAUGGGCCACGGUCAGAUGUUCUACCGCCGCGUCCGAUGCGACGAGUUCUGCUUCGCGCCGAGGGGGGAGUUCCCGCGGGGCCAGCAACUAGACAUCUACGUCCUCGAGGACGACCAGUAUGCCGAGAUGCAGUUCGCCGAUCGGCCGAAGUCUCCGGGACCGGGGCCAGAAGCCGGUGGGUCGCCAUCGAUCGAGGCCCGGUUGUUAUCGUUGUCGCCUAGUGCGUCGCCGAGGGCUUCGCCGAGGCUGGACAUGGAUAUGUGA